CAAAUCGAACCUAAUUAAUUAAAAUUAACGCAACAGUCGUUUCCAACAUACCCAUAUCGAUUUCGAAAGGUGAAAAAGUGCCACACAGGCUAAAGGCACUGUAGGCAAAAUAAACAAUAGCAAGAAAAAUGCGUGCGCUAAUGCCAACGCAUAUAUUAAAUAUUAAAUCAAUAUUUUCUACACUAAUCACGGUGUUACUCAUUUCUCCAAAUGUAGUUUUAUCGCGUAAACAUCACCUGGAAGUUCGCAAUGAUAUGCGCCCGUACAUUGCGUUGAGCACCUUCGGCUUUUACACAAAUGGACAUUUGGAUGUCCAGCUUAGUCAGCUGACCGUUGAUGAUGAGCAGACAACCGAUUUGUUCGGUCUAUCGCUGGACAAGACAACUAUUGAUCAGCUCAAUCCGUACCUGGACUCGCACCAAAACAAGUGCAUACUAGAAGAGCCCCCAUCUAAACAAAAAAGUGGCCCAAUACUUUUUUUUCUACUUGAUCUGAAGGAGCUAAAAGUACGUGUAAAAUGCUCGCCAGAAUGGGUAAACAAACACGUCUACAAGGAUAUCAUGUACCGUCACAAGCGCAACUCACACUUGACUAAGGUCAGCGAUUCGGCAUUAUUUAUGCAGAAGCGUCGACGUCGUUCUAUGGCUUCAAUUGGUUUCGUCGAAGCGGUUGAUGACAUGGAUGAUCAUUCGGUUGAGAAACCCAUGCAGCCAGAGAUGGAUGCAGCUGAGCCUAAGGCAAAUGCAAAUCUUAAGCAGAAAAAUUCGUCAUCACCCAUAUCGCAACCAAAGGUAGAGAUAGCCGCGGGUGCAUCCUCGGUUUUAGCCGUCCCGUCCGUAGCUCGAAAUGAUGUAGUGGCAGGUGGGAACAGUAAAUCAGAAGUUGGUGCUGCAGGUAUUAACAACGUUAACGUCGAUGCUGGUGCCGUGGAUGUUGGAUCAUCGACGUCAUCUAGUAGCAUCAAUAAGAAUAUAAAAUACGAUGCUCAUGUUGAAGUGCAGCCAGCAAUGCCUGUAGACCAAGCCGUGCGAAGAGGUUCAGUGUCUGACUUUUACGACUCCAACUAUUACAGACAGUCUCAAGAGGAGCUAUGCAAAAAUUUCUCCCUGCCGCUCAUGAAGCUAACCGUUGACGGUACCAAUUACUACAAUUUCACGUUCUCCAUGUUUGUUGCAACGCAGCAUGAUGAGGGAUUGUAUAAUUUGUACUUCCAUGCCUGCCCCAAUUAUCAUCGGCCCAAGAUGCUGUCUUUUAAUGUGGAUAUUGAGGAAAAUAAUAAUGGCAACUAUUUGUCUGCUGGAGAAAUGCCUCUGCCGGCCUUGUACUUUAUGAUGAGUCUGUUAUUCUUUUUGUCGGGCCUAUUCUGGGUAUUCAUUCUGAAGAAGAGCAAGCACACCGUGUACAAGAUACACUACCUGAUGGCUGUGCUUGUGUUCUUAAAGUCGCUAUCUCUUAUGUUCCAUUCAAUCAAUUACCAUUUUAUUGAGAAACGUGGCGAGCAUGUCGAAGCAUGGGCCAUACUCUACUACAUUGCGCAUCUACUGAAGGGGGCUGUCCUGUUUAUAACUAUUGUGCUCAUUGGUACCGGCUGGACAUUCAUCAAACAUAUACUCUCCGAUAAAGAUAAAAAGAUCUUCAUGAUUGUCAUUCCGCUUCAGGUAUUGGCCAAUGUAGCCCAAAUAAUAACAGACGAAUCCGAUCAAAGCGAUGCUGAAUUCCGCACCUGGCACAAUAUUUUCUUCUUUGUGGACUUGCUCUGCUGCGGCGCUAUACUGUUUCCCAUCGUAUGGUCCAUCCGCCAUUUGCAUGAGGCGUCCGCCACGGACGGCAAGGCGGCAAUUAAUCUACGCAAGCUAAAACUGUUCCGCCAAUUUUACAUUAUGAUCGUCUGUUAUAUUUACUUUACACGCAUUAUUGUGGACUUACUGCAGAUGACAGUCGUCUUUCAGUAUGCCUGGUUGGACGAGAUGUUUCGCGAGAUGGCCACAUAUGUGUUCUUUGUGCUUACUGGCUACAAGUUCCGUCCAGUCUCUUCGCAUCCAUAUUUCACAGUGCCAGAUGACGAGGAAGACGACGAUGUGGAGGUGGUUACUGAAUCUGGUCUCACCGCAUCAGUGCAUCGUGUUAAGCCGCUCAAUCGCUCCACUCAAUCUAACACUAUAACUAUUAUCGAGGGGAAUGAUGAUGAGCGCGAGAAUCUUAUGGCGAAGCGGGAAUCAAGCCAUGAAUACGAUUAGACCUUUGGGUAAAGCUAAACACACACAAAUAUGUACCCAUGCAUCCACAUA